GAUUUGAUGACAUCAAUUGUUAAAAUUUUUAGAUGGUAAAAUCUUAAUAAUAAAAUUUAAUAUCAGAAAAAAUUAAAAUCAGUAAUUGACCCCUAAAUACAUUUGUAAAUAUUAAAUUUUAUUUCAGCAAUUAUAUUAUAUUUUCAGAAAAAAUUAUAUUAUCUAAAAUCUAGUUUUAAAAGUAUUCAGAAAAAUGAAAGUUGAAAAAUUCUCAAGGCAUUUAGGAAAUAUUCUCCGAAGAUUCUCCAAAGAAAUCACAAAUUUUUUUUUGCAUAUUGUUUGGGUGUUUUCCGAUACAAAUCCAUAAAUAGGCAUCAAUCUCAAAAUAAAGAGAAUUCUACGGCAACGAUUCCUAUUUUGCUGCUAUGUUAAGAAAAAAAACCUUUUUCCUCAUUUUUUGUUUUCCUUUGUAGAAACAAGUCAGGAAAAUUCAAUUUGAUCAAAAACCUUCUCUCUUCCUCUUUCUUCUUCAUAAGAAAACUAAUUGCAUUAGUACUCUCUAACAUCGUCCGAAGAAGGAAGAGGCUAGGGCAUCCACUUUCUUUUCUAUUAAUAUUUAAUUUUACAAGAAACCUUAAAAAAAAAGAGAUCCAGGGCGGCAAAAAUGUCAAUCGGAGGGAGGAGUAAAGUGAAGUUCAUGUGCAGUUUCGGCGGCAAAAUCCUCCCUCGUCCUUCCGACGGCCUUCUCAAAUACGUCGGCGGCGAAACUCGCGUCAUCGCCGUCUCUCCAGACAUCACCUUCCUCGAACUCACCAAGAAGCUCACGGAGAUGACAGAGAACGACAUGGUGCUCAAGUACCAAAUCAUCCCUGAAGAUCUCGACGCGUUGGUCUCGGUAAAGUCGGACGAAGAUCUCAAACACAUGAUGGACGAAUACAACCGUCACCAGGAGACUCCCAAGCUCAGAACCUUCUUGUUUCCAACGGUUCAGUUAUGUUCUCCUAUGGAGCCACAGACGAUAGAGCAGCGCUACAUCGAAGCCAUCAACGGCAUUGUUCGCAAAAUCAAAACACGGCCUUCUUUCACGCUCUCUGCUUCCUCCUCUCCCAAAUCUGAAUCGUCGCCAGAUGGGUACGGUAACGAGCAGCCUGAGAUGGGUGGUAGCUACCAGUUGAGCCGGCUUUACCCCAUGCAUAGAGUACGGAGCAGUCCUAACAUCUCACAGCAGCAGCAUAACUAUCACCACCACCACCAUCACAGUGCUUACUUUCAGCAACCUAAUUACUUGACUUGUAGGCUGCGGCCACCACCACCUCCGCCGUUGGAUUUCCCUAGAGGCGCGGGCUGGGGGGAUCCACAGGGUGGGGGUAAUGGAAAGUACGGGUGCAGUGAGGAACGUAGGUUCUGGGGGAGAGCAAGCAGUGUUCCUCAGAGUCCUAGGAACCAUGGAUUUCGUCUCUGAUAUUUCUGCUAACCAUCUGUGUAUGUGUAUGUAUAUAUAUGGUCUUUUGUUUUGUUGUUUUACAGUUUCGACAUCUGUAGUGUGCUCUUCUGCGCCUGCUUAAUAUGGCUGCAGAAGAAGUUUACCAAAGGCUGCAAGAGGUUUGGUUUUAUUGUACAUGUUUUGUAAAGCUGAAAAGAAUUUGUGAAUUCGCUUAAUUGUUUGACUCUUACCAUUUGUUUGCUGCCCAAAAUCACAUUAUUUUUCAUUUAGCUAAGCUUGGUUCUUA